AGCUCAUAACCAUUCUGGUUCAGUGAAGGGCUUGAGUUGGGCUAAACCAUUGUCGAAUUUCGUGGCGAAUAAUUUUCUUCCCUUAGCUCUUGUUGGUGGAGUAGCUAUAGGGAUGGCAAAUCCUAGUCUAGGUUGUCUGGCUGAUACAUAUUCUUUGUCAAAAUUUAGCACGUUUGGGAUUUUUAUCAUCUCAGGGUUGACCUUGCACACUGGAGAAAUUGUUGCAGCUGCACAAGCAUGGCCUGCGGGAAUCUUCGGGCUAGUCUCCAUUCUCUUAUUUACUCCAUAUUUUUCGAGGAUAAUAUUGCAACUGCAGCUCCAACCUCCAGAGUUUGUUAGAGGGCUUGCAAUAUUUUGUUGUAUGCCAACUACACUAUCAAGUGGAGUGGCGCUUACUCAGCUUGCGGGGGCCAAUUCUGCUCUUGCUCUUGCCAUUACUGUGAUCACUAACCUUUUAGGAAUUUUGAUUGUCCCAUUUUCUAUAUCAAAAUACGUAGCUGAUGGAGUUGGUGUAUCUGUUCCAACUAAGCAACUGUUCAAAAGUCUAGUUCUAACAUUGUUGAUCCCCCUAAUCUUGGGGAAGAUUUUUCGAGAAUCCGUCAGAGGUGUUGCAGACUUUGUUGAUCAAAACCGUAAGCUUUUUUCUAAAAUCAGUGCAGUCUUCCUCAGUUUAGUGCCAUGGAUACAAGUUAGUAGGUCGAGGUCACUGCUGUUGAUGGUUAAGCCUCCAGUUUUUCUUGUGGCUAUUGGAAUGGGAGUACUUCUGCACCUCAUCUUGUUAGCCUUUAAUGCUCUUGCUCUAAAGAGCAUCUCAGCUGUCUCUGGUGGCAGUCGAUCAGUGUUUUCCAAGAAAGAAAAUGCCAAUGCUGUUCUCCUUGUUGCGAGCCAGAAAACUCUGCCUGUAAUGGUGGCUGUUGUGGAGCAACUUGGUGGUGCACUGGGUGAAUCUGGUUUGCUUGUUCUUCCUUGUGUUGCAGCACACUUAAAUCAGAUUAUUAUUGACUCGUUUCUUGUUAACUUCUGGCUUCGGAAGGACCUCUCGACCGACGGUACAAAGGUAUCUUGAGUAUCAGAAGCAUCUCUUGACCUCUCGACAGUACAAUGCUCAGUGUCCUUGCUCUUUGUUAUGGUGGCAAGUAAAUGGUCACAUCUUUACUUCUUUGAAAGGGUUUAGUUCGACAUGAUUGUGCAGUGAGAUGUCUCUCUCUUUAGUUGCCACGUGUCAGUCAGAGAGAGAGGGGGGGGGGGG